AUGUCUGUCCCGGAUCGUACCAACGGUACGAAUGCCAGCAGAGGUGCUCAAGCAUCACCACCACCGAAGGGCAUCUAUGUUCCCGUCCCUACAUUCUUCGCCAAAGAGGGCACAUCGUCCUACGAUGAAAUCACACCUCCGCUCGAUCUCGAGACCCAGUCUGAGCACUCGCUCUUCCUCGUCAAGGGCGGCAUCAAGGGCCUCGUCAUACUUGGCAGCACGGGCGAAGCAAUCUUCCUUCGAUCUGAGGAGCGCAAGAACUUGAUCAGCAGCCAACGGAAAACAUUGGAUGAUGCUGGAUACAAGGAUAGACCAAUCAUUGCGGGCACAGCCACGCAGCAGAUCGAUGAUACGCUGGAGUUAAUCAAGGAGAGUAAAGAGGCUGGUGCUGAGUAUGCCAUGGUUCUCGGACCAGGCUACUUCGCUCCAAGUACAAGUCAGCAGGGUAUUCAGAAGUGGUUCGAGGCUGUCGCAGAUCGAUCGGUGCUGCCAGUAAUGAUAUAUCACUAUCCGGGUGUUACCAAUAACCUAUACAUUGCUCCCUCGACAUUCGAGAAGCUAGCAGCACAUCCCAACAUUGUUGGCACGAAGCUCUCGCACGGUAUCAUCGACGACCAGACGCUCAUUGCUGCAAAUCCUCGGAUCGACCACGAGCACUUCUACGUCUUCACAGGUCUCGGCCAGAAUCUACUGCCGGUCCUGACGAUCGGAGGUGUCGCAGCCAUCGAUGGUCUAGCCGGAGUCUUCCCUCGCAUCGUCGUAAGACUGUUUCGCUUGUUCAACGACAGUGCGGCCAAGGGCACCACUAAGAAAGACAUUGACGAGAUGCGUCUUCUGCAGUACAGGAUCUGUGAAGGCGAGAAGCUUGUUGCGGCAUGGGGCGUCGUAGGUAUCAAGGAAGCCAUAGCUCGGAUGUGGAAUAUGGGGAGCAAGACAGGCGGACGCCUUCCUCUCGCUGGUGGAUUUCAAGACGGGGAGAAAGAGUGGCAGAAGUGGUCCGAAGUCUAUCAAGGCUUGAAGGAGCUCGAAGAGCAGUUUAAGUCUGAGGGUAAAGAAAGUUAG